AUGACACCCAUCAGUCGGAGUCCAACUUCGAUCUGCUAUCCCGCCGCAGCGGAACCCACUGUUAGAGCAAGUAACAGCAGUGUGAUGGCCACGCGCAAUCUCAACAACGCAGGGUUGGAGUCAGACGCUGGAUCACUCACGCGCCAGCAAGAGGGAACGCUUCAACCUCACCAGGGACGCGAUAUGUCGUCGAAACGUCGUGGGCCUCCUACGAAGGCGCCGCCCGCCAAACGCCCUUCAAAGCUCGCGAAAGAGAAUGGUAUAACGGCAGAGCAAGAGGCUGAGAUACGCGAGGCAUUUGGCCUCUUCGCUGUGUCGCAUCCCGAACAUGAAGGCUCUAAGGAGGGUGUGUUGAAGAAGAGCGACGUGCGCAGAUGUCUCAUUUCGCUGAACCUCACACCCGACAAGUCUGAGAUGUCGUCCAUCUUGUCUACCAUCGAUCCCCUCAAUACAGGCUACGUCGAGUUUGUACCUUUCCUUUCGUACGCUGCCAUCGCAAUACACUCCAAGGAGCAAGGGUCCGACGAAGACGAAGACGGCGACGACUACCAAGGCGAGAGCAAUGCAGAAGAAGUCAGUGCGGCUUAUCAGCUCUUCACGCAUGGCGCCCCGGGACCGAUAACACUUGGGCAUCUGAGAAGGGUUGCAAAGGAGCUGCGAGAAGAUGUGCCAGACGACGUCUUGAAGGAUAUGAUUCUCGAGGCAAAUGGCGGGGUCAAAGCUCAGCUCAAUGACCACGCCCUAAACCGUGGACCCUUUUCUCCCCUUGUGUCGCCUAGUUCCAUGUCCAGCGGCGUCGAAGUCCCCGGAAGCCAACAACGUCCCGGCAUCUGGUCCUACUUUAGUUUCUCUGGCCCACGCCGCCGCGUCUCCGUCUCCCUGCCACGCAGCUUCGACCCCAACCGCGCCGACGCCAGCGACCCAAACGCCAAAGCCGACAGACACUCGCGACAUCGGUCCACGUAUUCGGACGCAUUCAUGAACGACCACAAGGGCAGCGCCGUCAUGAACCAAGGGCAGCGGUUGCGCUACCUGAAGACAGGUGGCGUCAUCGCAUUCAUACUGCUUGUCCUGUAUUUCGUCGCACCGCGAGAUGGCAUAUCCAGACCGGCUGCAUCGCAUCCAUCAGGCGGCAACACAGCAGCCGGCGAUGCACAGACACAAUGCACAAAGUCCUACUCCAAGGACAAGCCGCUCAUCCAAUAUGCUCUCAUGGUCGACGCCGGCAGCACGGGCUCGCGCAUCCACGUCUACAAAUUCAACAACUGCGGCCCGAGCCCCGAACUCGAGAGCGAGAACUUCGAGAUGACACCCAAGCGAGAGGGAGGCUCUGGUCUCUCGGCAUACGGCGACAACCCAGAGGCUGCCGCCAAGAGUCUGGAUGUGCUCAUGGACGUUGCGCUCAAGAACGUGCCCAAGGAAUACCAGUCAUGCACACCCAUCGCUGUAAAGGCCACAGCUGGCCUCCGCAAGCUUGGCGAGGAGAAGAGCAACGCCAUCCUCGCUGCCGUGCGCAAGCAUCUUGACAACGACUACCCCUUCCCACUCGUCUCCGAAGAGAGGAAAGGUGUAGAGGUCAUGCCUGGCGAGAUGGAGGGUGUGUACGCAUGGAUCACCGUCAACUACCUCCUAGGCAAGAUCGGCGGCCCCGACAAGAACCCCACCGCUGCUGUCCUCGACCUUGGUGGUGGCUCCACGCAAAUCAUCUUCGAGCCUACCUUCCCCGAUACCCCUCGCGGCGGACUCCCCACCAAGCUAGCAGAAGGAGACCACAAGUACACGCUCAACUUCGGUAACCGCGACUUCGAUCUCUACCAGCACUCGUACCUUGGCUACGGCCUCAUGGAAGCCCGUAACAACCUGCACAGCACCGUUCUCGCCGGCCUCCACGAGACAAACAAGGACAACAGGGAAUACCUCAAGAAGCCCAUUGUGAACCCUUGCAUCGCACCCGGCAUGACCCGCGAAGUCGAAGUACAGAUGCCCAAGGGCCACGCACUAGGCGACUCCAUCACAGUCAACAUGACCGGCCCCUCUACCGCCUCUCCCACCCAAUGUCGCGGUCUAGCCGAGAAGACACUCCACAAAGACGACGAGUGCGCCAUCGCCCCUUGCGCUUUCCGCGGUGUCCAUCAACCUCCUUUCGAGCAGACGUUUGCUACCGAAGCCGUAUACCUUCUCUCCUACUUCUACGACCGCACACAGGACCUCGGCAUGCCCGAGUCGUUUACACUACGCGAGCUGCAGGACUUGGCCGACAAGGUGUGCAUGGGCGAGAAGGGCUGGGAUUCCUUCAGCGCUGUGCCCAAGGCGCUUGACGAGUUGAAGGGCCGGCCCGAGUGGUGCUUGGAUCUCAACUUCCAGUACGAGCUGCUGAGGAGUGGGUACGGUAUGCCGAUUGAUCGCGAGGUCAAGAUUGCGAAGAAGAUCAAGGGUAAUGAGCUGGGCUGGUGUUUGGGUGCUAGUCUUCCGCUGCUUGAGGCGAACUCGGGCUGGCAAUGCAAGAUUAAGCAGGUGCAAUAG